GCCCCUCCCACCAAGAAUAAGACUUUUAACUUCUCUGUGGUCCCUGGAUGAAAAAGGAUCCUGACAGAAAGCUAGACGCACACAGGCGCCCGAGGAAGCUCAUGUAACUCUGGGAACUGUUUUAACAAAGCCAGAGCGCCAGAGAAGACCUUUGAAGUGUGAAGAGAUUUCCUGUAACUGCAACCAAAAUGUCAUUUAUAGAUCCUUAUCAGCACAUUAUAGUGGAGCACCAGUAUUCCCACGAGUUCAGGGUGGUCGUGUUACGUGCCACCAAAGUGACAAAGGGCGCCUUCGGUGACAUGCUUGACACUCCAGAUCCCUAUGUGGAACUUUUCAUCUCCUCAACCCCUGACAGCAGGAAGAGAACAAGACACUUCAAUAAUGACAUAAACCCAGUGUGGAAUGAGACCUUUGAAUUUAUUUUGGAUCCUAAUCAGGAAAAUGUUUUGGAGAUCACAUUAAUGGAUGCCAAUUAUGUCAUGGAUGAGACUCUGGGGACAGCAACAUUUCCCAUAUCCUCUAUAAAAGUGGGAGAGAAGAAAGAGGUUCCCUUCAUUUUCAACCAAGUCACGGAACUGAUUCUGGAAAUGUCCCUUGAAGUUUGUUCUUCCCCAGACCUCCGAUUUAGCAUGGCUCUGUGUGAUCAGGAGAAAGCUUUCAGACAGCAGAGAAAAGAAAACAUAAUGGAAAACAUGAAGAAACUCCUGGGUCCAAAGGAUAGUGAAGGCUUGUGUUCUACACGUGAUGUGCCUGUGGUGGCCAUACUGGGCUCAGGUGGCGGUUUCCGAGCCAUGGUGGGAUUCUCCGGUGUGAUGAAGGCUCUGUAUGAAUCAGGAAUUUUAGACUGUGCCACUUACAUUGCCGGCCUUUCUGGCUCCACGUGGUAUAUGUCAACCUUAUAUUCUCAUCCUGAUUUUCCAGAGAAAGGGCCAGAAGAAAUUAAUGAAGAGCUCAUGAAAAAUGUUAGCCACAACCCCCUUUUACUUCUCACACCACAGAAAGUUAAAAGAUAUGUUGAGUCUUUAUGGAAGAAGAAAAGGUCUGGACAACCUGUCACCUUUACUGAUAUCUUCGGGAUGUUAAUAGGAGAAACACUAAUUCACAAUAGAAUGAACAUAACCUUGAGCAGUUUGAAGGAAAAAGUCAAUACGGCACAAUGCCCUUUACCGCUCUUCACCUGUCUACAUGUCAAGCCUGAUGUUUCAGAACUGAUGUUUGCAGAUUGGGUUGAAUUUAGUCCAUAUGAGAUUGGCAUGGCUAAAUAUGGCACUUUCAUGACCCCUGAUUUAUUUGGAAGCAAAUUUUUUAUGGGAAAAGUUGUGAAGAAAUAUGAAGAAAACCCCUUGCAUUUCUUAAUGGGUGUCUGGGGCAGUGCUUUUUCUAUCUUAUUCAACAGGGUCUUGGGAGUUUCCAGCUCACAAAAUAGAGGUUCCACAAUGGAGGAAGAAUUAGAAAAUAUUACAGCAAAGCAUAUCGUGAGUAAUGAUAGCUCAGAUAGCGAUGAUGAAUCACAAGAACCCAAAGGCACUGAAAAUGAAGAUGCUGAAAGGGAAUAUCAAAAUGAUAAUCAGGCAAGCUGGGUCCAUCGUAUGAUAAUGGCCUUGAUGAGCGACUCAACUUUAUUCAAUACCAGAGAGGGACGUGCUGGGAAGGUGCACAACUUCAUGUUGGGCUUGAAUCUCAAUACAUCCUACCCCAUGUCUCCUUUCAGAGACUUUAACACACAGGAAUCCUUGGAUGAAGAUGAAUUGGAUGCAGCUGUAGCAGACCCUGAUGAGUUCGAGCAAAUAUAUGAGCCUCUGGAUGUCAAAAGUAAAAAGAUCCACGUGGUGGACAGCGGCCUCACAUUUAACCUGCCUUACCCCCUGAUUCUGAGGCCGCAGAGGGCGGUUGAUCUCAUCAUCUCCUUUGACUUUUCUGCAAGGCCAAGUGAUUCUAGCCCUCCAUUUAAGGAACUUCUACUUGCGGAAAAGUGGGCUAAAAUGAACAAGCUAUCCUUUCCAAAGAUUGAUCCCAAUGUGUUUGAUCGAGAAGGACUAAAGGAGUGCUAUGUCUUUAAACCCAAGAACACUGAUGUGGAGAACGAUUGCCCAACUAUCAUUCACUUCGUUCUGGCCAACAUCAACUUCAGAAAGUACAAGGCUCCAGGAGUUCCAAGAGAAACUCAGGAAGAGAAAGAAGUAGCUGAUUUUGAUAUUUUUGAUGACCCUGAAUCACCAUUUUCAACCUUCAACUUUCAAUAUCCAAAUCAAGCAUUCAAAAGGCUGCACGAUCUGAUGUAUUUCAAUACCCUGAACAACAUUGAUGUGAUAAAGAACGCCAUUGUGGAAAGCAUUGAAUAUAGAAAACAGAAUCCAUCUCGUUGCUCUGUUUCCCUCAGUAACAUCGAGGCAAGAAAAUUCUUCAACAAAGAGUUUCUAAGCAAACCCACACCGUAGUGUGUGUGCUGGAAGGGGCAGCAAUUUCUGAUGCUGCGGCCGCCUGAAACUCCACAACACCCAGAUGAAAAGCACAGUACAGACAUUAGUACUUUUCAUUAGAGGCUAAUUGAUACUCAGAUUUGCAGUUAUUUACGUAAAGCUGCAUGAGAAUAAUACCCCUAUAAAUUUGUUGUUAGG